AUGUCGCACAUCCUAGAGCCCCUCGACGCGCCCUCCUCGUACCGCGACAGUCGCUCCUCGCACAGCAAACACGAGCAGCAAGCCGCGCUCCGCCAGACCGCAACGCUCUACCUCGGCAACCUUUCGUUCUACACCACCGAGGAGCAGAUCUACGAAGUAUUCGGGCGCGUCGCCUCGGUCUCCUCCGGUGGCGGUAUCAAGCGCAUCAUCAUGGGUCUCGACCGCAACACCAAGACUCCGUGUGGAUUCGCGUUCGUCGAGUUCUACACGCACGCCGAGGCGGUCGACUGCAUGCGCUACGUUAGCGGGACCAAAGUCGACGAACGUGUGAUUCGGUGCGAUAUCGAUCCGGGCUACAAGGAGGGGCGACAGUACGGGAGAGGCAGAAGCGGCGGGCAGGUCAGGGACGAGUACAGGCAAGAGUAUGAUGCGGGCCGCGGCGGCUGGGGACACAACAGGCUGCGCGAGGAAGAGGAGCGCAAGAGGAUCGAGGCCGAACAGGCGAGACGCACGGAGAGGGAGCAGCUGUACCAGGAGGCCACGGCGGGCAUGGACGCCGGUGGUGGUGGCAUGGUCCCCACGGGCGCUGAACAUCUGUAUAGCGAGCUGGAGGGUGAUGCGAGAGGGCAUGCGGGUGAUCCGCAGGCGGCGGCGGGCGAUGGGUGGGAUGCACAGCCAAAGAGAUUGGCCAAGAGGGAGAGAAGUUACGAUGAUGAGGAGGACCAGGAGCUCUAUGGCAAGAGCGAAAAGAACCCGAGGUUCCGAGACGACGACGAUCAAGACGCCGACGUGUGA